AUGGCUAACAAGAUGUUGCAAAAAUUUGAUAAAUAUUGGAGUGUCACCCAUGACAUAAUGGGAAUUACUAGUGUUUUGGAUCCUAGAUACAAAAUGGAGUUACUUGAAUACUAUUAUGAAAAAUUGUAUGAACAAGACUCUUUUGAGCAAGUUAAGAGGAUUCAACGACUAUGUUAUGACUUAAUUACUGAUUAUCAAUUGAAGUUGAACCAAGAGAAUUGUGGUGACUCACCAAUGUUGGAAUCUAGUCAGAUGGCUAAUGAUGGUUUAGAUGAUUAUGAUGCAUAUGUUCGGAAGGAAAAAAAAAGCUAG